CGCCGACUCCGUCUUCCCCUGAGCUGACACUGCAUCUUUGUGCCCUAGCCGUCUCUGCAGUCCAAUCCGCACUGCUCCUCUCAGCGGCCGAGCCUGGACGAGGACAGACCCUGACCAUGGCGGACAAGGCAGUCACCAUUCGGACCAGGAAGUUCAUGACCAACAGGCUUCUCUCCCGGAAGCAGUUCGUCAUUGAUGUCCUUCACCCUGGAAGAGCUAAUGUCUCCAAGGCCGAGCUGAAGGAGAAGCUGGGCAGGAUGUAUGAUGUUAAGGACCCGAACUCCAUCUUUGUUUUCAAGUUCAGGACUCACUUUGGAGGUGGGAAGUCUACCGGAUUUGGUUUGAUCUACGAUUCCGUGGAGACAGCAAAGAAGUACGAGCCCAAGUACAGGCUCAUCAGGAACGGUCUGGACACCAAGGUAGAGAAAUCGAGGAAGCAAAUGAAGGAAAGGAAGAACAGAGCGAAGAAGAUUCGCGGAGUGAAGAAGACAAAAGCCAGUGAUGCCGCCAAGGGUGGAAAGAAGAAGUGAGAUAUUGAAACAUGUGCUUAUCUGCGGCCGCUACUGCUACCAACUUCUUUUCUUGGCAGUUUCUUUUGUCAUGUUAGAUGUGUUUUUUGGAGUGCGAUUUUCUGGUCUUUUUGAUGGAGCUGCUUCUCUCGGAUGCUCAUUGAUGUUAAAAUUUUGAUUAGAUUAUAAACGACGAAUUAAUUUCUACAGGCAUUUAUGUGGAAGUUCGUAAAGUAUCUCUUGUUGUCUGAGCAACAAAAUAGCUUUGUUUGGUUUUA